AUGGUCAACUCGCUGGACAUCCAGCUGCAGAACCAGACCAACUCGGGCCAGGUCUGGGCAUACAUCACCGGCAUCGCCAUCCAGAAUGACUGGAAGCGCAUGUUCCUCAAGGCCAACGGCAGAGAUGUCUACUAUCCGCAGCAGGUCUCGUCCAUCGGGUCGCCCCUGGCAGAAGACUGUGCCAUCCCGCUGGGCCCGCCUGGCAACACCAUCUCGGUGCACAUCCCCCAGAUCGCCGGCGGUCGCAUCUGGUUCGCCUGCGACAAGAAGCUUCAGUUCUUCCUGAACCCCGGGCCGGCAGUGGUCGAGCCCUCGGUCCUCAACCCCAGCGACCCAAAUGCCAAUGUCAACUUCUGCUUCGCCGAGUUCACCCUCAACAGCGACCAGCUGUUUGCCAACAUCAGCUACGUCGACUUUGUGUCGCGUCUGCCUAUUGCCCUGACGCUGCAGACAGCCGGCGGCGGGAUGCAGCACGUGUCGGGCAUGGCAGCGAACGGCAUCGACCAGCUCUGCGACGGCCUGCGCCAACAGGCCCAGAAGGACGGCCGGCCCUGGGACAAGCUGAUCGUCCAGCCCAAGGGGCAGCCGGUGCUGCGGGUGCUCAACCCAACGCACGGCGACGCGGCGGGCGCCAGCUUCGCAGGCUACUUUGAGCCGUACAUUGAGCAGGUGUGGCAGAGGCACAGCCAGAGCCCGAUGCGCAUCAACACGCAGGCCGCAGCGGGCGUCGUGGCGGGCAAGGUCAACGGCAAGGGCGAGCUCGUGUUCGGCGACGAGCCCUUCGGCAAGCCCACCAGCGCGGACGUGUUUGGGUGCAACAGCGGGCCCUUCACGACGGGCCCGUCGCCGUACCGCAACAGCGUCAUCCCCCGGCUGGCGGCUGGGUUCCAGCGCUCGGCGUUCCUGGCCGUCGACGACCACCCGUCGGACCCCUCGACAUUCUACCAGCGCGACCCGACCAACCACUACUGCAGGCUCGUGCACGCCGCCAAUCUCGACGGCAAGGGCUAUGCCUUUGCAUACGACGACGUCCAGCCGGACGGGGGGGCAGACCAGUCGGGGAAGGUGAACGCGGGCGAUCCCACGACGUUCAUCGUGGCCGUUGGUGGGAACAAUGCGUAUACCGGGGACCGCAUGCCACCGCCAGCCAAGACAACUGACUCGUCUGGCCCUCCUGUGCCAACUGCGACGAAGCCAGCUGCCGGCUCAGCUCAAGCCUCAUACGACGGUGCUAGCGAUGUUCCGCCACAAGCACCCACAUUGGACCAAUCCCAGCCUCAACCAGCACAUGUGUCGCGUCUGCAGCGCAUCUCAGCCAAGGCGCAGAAGUGGCUGAAUCGAUGA